UUAUCUUGCUAAUCUUCAUGGUAAGGGCCCAUGGGCCUGCUAAUUAUCAAAGUAAGGGCUCACGGGCAUGUGAAAGAUAUACAAAUUUAAGACUUAAGAUUUGUAGGGCUUUACCCCGGAGGGAGCCCUUCCAGAAAUUCUCAAAGGCCAGGGCUUAACCCUGGCCUUUGAGGGGGUUUGGAAAUAGUUUUCAACCAGCAAUUGACGCGCCUCGGUUAGAACCUCACUAGCUGCGUCAUUGCCCCAAGCGCAAAGAUGAAUUUAACACUAUCAUCUGUAUGUUUAUAUGUAGCUUGUUGACAGUACAGUAACUUAUACCUGUGCGAUGUGGGACUUGAAACACGUAUUCUUCAUUUCAUGUGAGCUGAUGGUUUUAUUUUUGUCUCGAUGAAUCUUAGAAAUUGAAUGAUGGGAGAUGAUAAAGGUUACUUCUUGUUCGUCACUUGCAUUAAGGGUAUUCAAGUUCAGAUUCUUAAUUUGCAAUGUCCAACUCUCUCAAUCUUUUCUCCCGUUUCAUACUUACUCAAAUUUGGACUCACUUGUCUCUACUUUUAUUGCUGCUAUAACCUCUUGCUCUUCUGUCUUUUCUAGCCGUGCAAUUCAUGCGCGUAUAAUCAAAUCUUUAAAUUAUAGAGAAGGGUUCAUUGGUGAUCAACUGGUGUCAUGUUAUUUCAAACUAGGUUGUGAAGAAGAAGCAGAGAAGCUGUUUGAUGAAAUGCCAGAUAAGGAUUUGGCCUCCUGGAAUUCUUUAAUUUCAGGAUAUUCACGAAAUGGGCAUGUUUUUAGAUGCUUGAUUGCAUUUAAUAGGAUGAAAUUUGAACAGGUUAUGCAGCCGAAUGAUUUCACGCUUUUAUCUAUAAUCUCAGCUUGUACUGACAUGAGAGUUCUCGAUGAAGGUAAAUACAUUCACGGGAUUGCGUUGAAAUUGGGUAUGCUAUGUGAACCAAAAGUCGUAAAUGCUCUUAUUAACUUGUACGGAAAGUGUGGAUUUGUAAAUGAGGCUUGUGGAUUGUUUGAGGCAAUAUCAGGGCAAAGCUUAGUGUCUUGGAAUUCAAUUAUUGCAGUCUAUAUGCAGAAUGGAUUUGCAAAAGAAGGGAUGAGACUUUUUAAUUUAAUGAGAAGGGCUGAAAUUAAGCCUGAUCAGGCCACCAUGUUGGCAUUACUUCAAGGUUAUGAAGAUUUAGGUAUAGGGAAAUUAGCUGAUAUGGUUCAUGGUUUUAUGUUGAGAUGUGGUCUAAUUGCAAACGUAACAAUUUCAACUGCCCUUUUAAGUUUGUAUUCAAAGUUAGGGAGAUUGUCUGCUUCGCGUGAGGUUUUUAGGGAAAUGAUCAAUCUGGAUAAAGUUGCUUGGACUGCUAUGCUUGCAGCCUAUGCUGUGCAUGGUCGUGGAAGAGAAGCUAUCGAGUUCUUUGAGCUCAUGGUGAAGAAAGAUGUGGUGCCUGAUCAUGUUACCUUCACUCAUUUGUUAAGUGCUUGUGGUCAUUCAGGGCUUGUCAAUGAGGGGAAGGAUUAUUUUAAGGAUAUGUCUGAAGUGUAUGGGAUAGAGCCUAGGUUGGAUCACUAUUCAUGCAUGGUUGAUCUUCUGGGUCGCUCUGGACUUUUAAGUGAUGCUUAUGAUCUGAUUAAAGGCAUGCCGAUGGAGCCAAAUUCUGGUGUUUGGGGGGCUCUUCUUGGUGCUUGUAGGGUUUAUGGUAAUAUUGAACUUGGUAAGGAAGCUGCUGAUCGAUUAUUUGCUUUAGAUCCAUCUGAUUCUAGAAACUAUAUCAUGCUGUCAAAUAUAUACUCUGCAGCUGGUUUGUGGAAGGAAGCUGCAAGAGUCAGGGCGCUAAUGAAGGAGAGAGGUCUCACCAGGAUCCCUGGAUGCAGUUUUAUUGAACAUGGAAAUGUGAUUCAUCGUUUUGUAGUGGGUGAUCAAUCUCAUUUAGAGUCAGAAAAAAUCUAUAAGAAGUUGGAAGAACUGAUUGGGAAGAUUCGAGUAGCUGGUUUUGCUUCUAAAACAGAAUAUGUCCUACAUGAUGUUGAGGAGGAAGUGAAAGAGCACAUGAUCAAUAAACACAGUGAAAAGUUAGCCAUUGCAUUUGGCCUUUUAGUUACUGAGGUUAGCAUGCCAUUAAUUAUCACAAAAAACUUGCGAAUAUGUGGUGAUUGUCACAGCAUGGCCAAAUUUGUAUCCUUGAUCGAGAAGCGAACUAUCAUAAUCCGAGAUUCAAAGCGGUUUCACCAUUUUGCCAAUGGUUUAUGUUCUUGUGGAGAUUACUGGUGACCCUCUGCAUCAUAUCCUCGAGGGGGGUGAAAUUCAUAGCUUAUUUGUCUUCUUGGCCGUUGAUAUAGCAUAAAUAGAUGAUCUCAAACAGAGCCCUUGAGUUCUAGGAGGAAACAUAAAAUGAUCAGCAUGAUGUUUAUUAAAAGUUAAAUCAGUCGGGUCUUCGAAACCAAUGUCCAGUGGCAUAUUUGUCUCUCCUGCAACUCUUCAACUCGAUUUAACGAACCAGGACAGGCUGAACUUAAUUCUAAGAGGAGACUCCGCUUUGGGCUGACGCAGAAGAUCUUGUCGAUAAACCCAUGAAAGCAUCAACUUGCUCUCAUUGAGCCCAAUUGGCAUUCUUGUUUGCACUUCUUUUAUUCGAGAUAAUGCUUCAUAAGUCACAUGUGAUAUAGAGUAUGGCCUUAUUUUAUAUCUGAGGCACACUGUGUCUUUCCCUGCACCCAAAUCAAACCAUUUUUGUACGAUGUCAAAAGUUUUUAAUAUAUCAACUCUCUGAGUAGCAUGCUUGCAAACCCUUUAUCGUUUGAUUAU